AUGGAAAAACAAGACAACUUUGAAGAAAAACUAGAUAGAUUAGAAGAUUAUCGAGAAAAUCCCGAAGAAAAGCUAGAUACAAUAUGUGACAUUCUCGAUAAGCUCACCCUAGACACGCUGUUCCUGAUGGAGAAAGAAAUAGAAAUGAAAUUGAAUGUUGAGAACUCCAUGUGUCAAGGAGAAUCCCACCUUGCCAAAGCGCGAUACAUAAUGGGUCAAAACAAUGUUUCUUCUAUACAGCUACCCACCGAAAAUACUCCAGAAUUUUCAGCAGCACUGAAAGUUCAUUCUGAGGAAAGUAGUCAAGUGUUGGGUGGCAAAUCAUAUGAUCUGGUUGCAAUUAAAAAGACAGAGGACCAAAGUGUUGUUGAUCCAAUGAGAUGGUUUGGAUUGUUGGUUCCACUGAACCUGAGCCAUGCACAAACUAUGUUUAAACAAGCUCUGCAAUGGACUGUGCAAGCAGCAAAUGUGCAGUCCCAAUUAACAGAUAUGAUGAAAAUACUUUGUGGACUGAAACAAUUCAAGUCCCAAUACAAGGAUGAAUUGGUAAUGACUAAAUAG